AUGUGGCAACUUAAGACAAUCAGUAGUUCACACCAUGUUCUGAGGAUUAGUUCUAAUAUUGAUAGUUUUAAUCAUUGGUUGUUGGCAAUAACAGUACUUGCUUCUUUACUCGAAGCAAUAUUGUUUCCCGUACUCAUUUCUAUAACUUGGAUAUUACUUUUCAAAAUUAAACAAAAAAUUAAUGGAAGCGAAUUUAGUCUGUGUAUGGACGCAACUUAUGGGUCUAUGCUUAGACUUAUUUUAAACACAUUUCUUAAACGUGAUAGAUUAACUAAGGGCAUGCGUAUAUUUAUUUUCAUAUUUUUUAUGGCAACUAUAUUAGGAAAAAAUAUACCAAAUGUUGUUUUUUCUAGAAUUAUUGGAAUUUAUAAUUUUACUGAAGUUAUUAAUUCAAAAGUUAUAUUAUUCAAUAAUGAUUUAAAUUGUUCUUAUUCUUCUUGUACUGCUGAUUUUGAAAGUAACUUCGCUUUGGUUUCUAAUUCAACAACUAUCCGAAAUGCUAUGCUUAAAAAUAAUGUACAAAAGGCUUAUUGGGGCGAAAAUAAUGGCAACAAUACUUUAUAUGCCGUACAAGCCAAAACUAAUGCCACAACUUGCAAUUUUAUAAUAGGAUCGACAACAGACUCUUUAAAUAAUGUUUCAGUUAGUGCUGGAAGUAAUCGAUUAGAAAAUGUAACAAAUAAGCCCCUAGAAAAUUGUAAUAGUUUUACUGCAGGUUAUAAUUCACAUAUUCAUCCUGAAAGGAUUAUUAACAUAGAUGCUUUUUCUCUUUCUACUGAGUUAUCUACUAUCAUAUCAGAUAGAUGUGAUAUACCGAUGAAUAUGUUUCUUAUCUCUUCUAACUUUUCUUCAAAUGUUAAUAACAUGGCAAAUUGGUUAAUUAAUGGAGGUUGUUAUACUUAUAACUUUAACCGUGAGUGUUCUGUAAGUAUGUCAUGUGAUAUUUCCAUAUCAUGGAAAAAAAUGCAAAUAUUCGGUGAUACACCUGACAAUAUAGUACUAUUGGAUGCAAAAUUUAAUAAUAGUUUAGAAAGUUUAUUUUCUCAUCAUAUAUCUUCCGAUGAAUUAAAUGGAAAAAUUUAUGGUGAUUUACUUAUUGGAUCCAUUAUAAGUAAUAUGUCUUCUGUUCAAACUAGGUGGGCAAAUACUAUCAAAUAUCAAGGAAAUCAAUCUAAUUUCAAUUUUUUAGAUGAAUUUGACUCAAUUUUAUCACAAUCUUUGGUAUCAGCUGUUCAAUCAUUUACAAACAAUGUAUCUGUUAAUGUUGAUAAAAUUAUAGAAAUACCUGCUUUGGGAAUUUGGUUAGAAUUUACUGCUUUCGCAUUUGCAUUAUUUUUGCUUUGUGGUAUUGCAAUUUACAUUUUUGGAAUCAAAAAUGAUCAAUUAUUGCUAUCACUUAGUGUAUUAGAUAUAGAAGUUUUGUCAAAUGCUAUUUUCAAAGGAGAUAUAGGAGAUUUAUCAAAUAUUACUUUUAAAGAUGAUGGUACCUCUGCUGAUGGUUUAAAAAUUUCUUGGCCAUUUGUACAAGAUACAUCUGAAGAAUUGUUUUCAACAAACCUGGCUUACCUUGCCA